GAUUCUACACACACUCUUAUGCUAAAAUAUACAUGCCUAGAAAGAGGUAUGCCCAGACCCCGCUAAAAGAGGCUUUGCCUCCCCAUUCAUAAAUCUCUAGUGACGUCCCUGGUCCAUAACACUAAAGGACAGGUACAUAAAUUAAUGUCAUCACUUAGAUAGAAAAUAAAACUACCACAACUGUAACUUCCCGCUGAGCUGCAUUUUGCAGCGCAUGCACGCGACAUCACUUCGGGAGGCGCGUGCACGUUUCAGAUUGCAGCCGGACUCCCAAUACGUCAUGACGCAAAGAGCACGUGAGCACGCACGACUGUAUUAUUUUCCUUAAGACCCGGAGAACAAGCGUGCAAUUAAAAAUCGUUUCUAAUCCGGACUGGUUUCAAGAUAUCAGCUGGACGAAAGACGGAGGAAGACUUUAUAAAAGAGAUUGAAAUAGGCUCCAGCCCAUCUGAAGCAACAGAUCAAGUUCAUGCGCCGUUUCUGUCAAGAGACAGAAUUAAUACCACAAAUGCAAAAACUGCAGGACGUGGUGGAUGUGCCCAGUCUUAACCCGGAUCCUGAUGCACAUCUCGCGGAGUGUUUGUGCUGUAAUGGCGAAGAUCAGCACACAGAGUGGACUCUGUUAAAGAUGUGUGCAGUGAGGCUGGUGGAUUUCAGGAAAAUACAGGGUCUGUGUGCACAAACAAUAUCAGAAGGAAAUCUACAGGCUGGAGUUUCAGGUGAAUCCAGCAUGUCUGCUGGAGAGCAGCAACCACUGCAGGAUCAAUUAAAGAUGAAUUCAUUCAGACCAGAAGUGGAUUGUGGAACAAUACAAAGCAGAAAAGGAACAGCUGAGAGUCAACCAGAAGAAGGGGCUUAUUAUCAUAAAUACCAACACAGCAAUUUCAUUUCUUCCAGUGCGUCCAUUAAGUCCUCUUGUGAUCAAGGGGAGGAAUCUACCUAUCCAGAAAAACAUAUUAAAGGAGAGAGCCGCCGAAUAGUUAAGCUUGCAAGGAGUUCCUUGGCGUUAUAUCAUACAGGCCAAAGGGUAUAUCAGUGCAGACAGUGCAGUAAAAAUUUCAGCAAUUCAUCAGACUUUUCAAGACAUCAGAAAACGCAUACAAGAGAGAAGCCUCAUCGUUGCUCACAACGUGCAAGAGAGUUUUCAGAAGGCUCAUAUCUGCAGCGGCAACAGAAAGUGCACACUAGAUUUAAACCUCCUAGUUACUCGGAGUGCGGCGAGACUUUCACUCAGCCAUCAAGCCUUACAGUGCAUGAGCGAGUGCACGCAGGAGAAAAGCCCUACAUGUGCACCCAGUGUGGAAAACAGUUCUCAAGCUCAUUAGGUGUUCGGAGACACAAGAAAGUACACAGUCAAGAGAAGCCUCAUCAGUGCUCCGAGUGCGGUAAACAGUUCCUACGUUCCAGCACCUUAAGGAUUCACAAGAGAACACACACCCAAGAGAAGCGCCAUCAGUGUUUCGAGUGCGGUAAACAGUUUGUACAUUCGUCAGCCUUAAACUAUCACAAGAGAAUACAUACACAAGAGAAGCGUUUUCAGUGCUCAGAGUGUGGUAAACAGUUCAUACAAUCUUCGUCUCUCAAACAUCAUAAAAGAAUACAUACUGGGGAAAAGCCGUACAAGUGUUCUCAAUGCGAGAAGGCAUUUCCUCAUUCUUCUGCUCUUAAAGUACACCAAAGGCUACACACUGGAGAAAAGCCUUACCACUGUGACCUGUGUGGAAAACAGUUUUCACAAUCAACACAUCUGCGAACCCACCAGAGAGUGCACACCGGAGUAAAGCCGUACGUCUGCUCUCAGUGCGGCAAGUCUUUCAGUCAGUCGUCACAUCUUGCAGUGCACAAGCUAUUGCACACCGGACAGAAGCCGUACUGCUGCCCCACCUGUGGCAAAGGAUUCGCAACACCAGCCUACCUUAGGUUGCACCAGAGAAUUCAUACCGGCGAAAAGCCAUACCAGUGUUCUGUGUGUGGAUGGUCUUUCACUCAGUCCCACAGCCUCAAAGAGCAUCUUGGAAAACACUUUCGAGAAGCGCUACCAGGGGUUUAAAGUCCAGUAGAGCAUUCAGAGAUUUCGGCAACCUUAUAUACCAAAUUUGGCAUGAACAUUACCUUCACUUUUCCCUUCAAGUUUGAGGUGAACUGUGCUGGAAAUGAAGGCCUCACCAGACCUUCUCACCACAUACAUCAUGUUUAAGUCUGGCACACUAAGCUUAAGUCUUAUUGGCACUCCAAGAGGAUGGGCAAAAAUGAAUGUAUAAUUAACCCUGAUCCCACCCACUGGGGUACCCGCUGACCCCUGAGGUAUACUCUUUGUCAUGUCUCGCAGGUGCUUUGUUCGAUCAUUCCAAUUUUUCAUGACUUUGUCAAUCAAUUUGUUCCUAAUGAUUUCAUAUCAUUGCUUUCAGUUUCUGUUUUAAUUAGUGCUUUUUAAAAAAAUAAAAGCACUCAUUUCCGCCUAUGCAGUUUUAAUAAAUGGAACUAUUUAUUCAGUUCAUGUUUCCCAUAGUUCAUAAUUUAAAGUAUCACAAACUAUCAGAGGGGGAAGGGGCACUCUGUCAGUCAUUCUGAAGGAGAUGGACACAGAUUCAGCAGACACAGAUGCCUUCAUCAUCUGGAUGGGAACUUCCCAGAUUGGAAGUUUUCAGAAUGUUGCAGACGUAGCUGGAUCUACCCGAGACAACUGGGGAAUGCCCUGGUCAUGCCACACAUGAAGUUAAGAUUAUUAAAUUACCCGUGUGUAGUUCACAGCUCUGAAGUUGCCAGAUUUUUUUUUGGAAGAGAAGCACCUGAGACAGGGUUUUCAGUAGCAUCUAGAAAACACCUGUCUUUAAACCCAAACUAACAUCAGGAAUAGAAAAUGAGAACUGAAGAUGGAAAUAGCUUUUAUCCCCCCUUUACUGUCAAAUGGUAUAUGAUGUAACAUGAAACCAAUUAAAAAAUGAAAAAUAAACGACUAUGGCGUCCACUAUCCUUAUUUGUCAGCGUAUAAAAUAGCACUUGAUCCAGCACAUCUUAUUAUAAAAAUAGAUUAAUAAGCCAAAUUCACUCCUUGAGAUAAGCAGUGUCUCCGUUUAAGAUGCUGUCUCCUACAAUGCGUUCUGCGUGAAAAAGAAAUCCUGGAUAGAAUUAAUUUCUUAAUAAUUUCAACUGGGGGGGGUCAUUACGUGAAAUUGCUUUAAAUGUAUCUAGAAAGGUUACAAUGACAGAAACUUUGAGCCACGUGCAUUUUACUAGUUUAUUUAUUUAUUUUUUUUAAACCCAUACCAUCCACCCCCCCACUUUGGAGGACUUAAACUUUGUUUAAAUUUAAUGCAAUAUUGAUUCAAUAACAAAGCAAAGCAAGCAAAGUAACAUAUACAUAUUUACAAUAAUACCCAUACAAGACACAGGAUACAGUUGGGUAUUUUACAGGUUAAAAAGUGAACUAGAAUAAAA